AUGAACGGGAAUACAGAGCUCGAUCUGCAUGUUUCUUGGCAGAAAAUCAACAAGUGGCGGAAGGAAGUUUUCCCAGGCCUCUCAAAAAACGACUCUCCUCCUAGCAUUCAAAGCGAAGAGGCCGUUCACAACACCAACUGGACCUCCGCUCGCGACUACGCCCAGCAGCGGACGAGCCAUCAUCGCCAUUCCAACGCUCCCCCUGAUCUCCAAGAAAGAUCUAAAAGACAAAAACGAAGCAGAGACGAGGCGCACCUUUCGAGCGACCUUUCGGAUCACGCACGUCGCCCUGGGCGUGAGGGACGACCACCCCGCGAUUUUGAUCCUUCCCAUCGCAAUGAGCGGUAUCAAGAGAGGCGUGGAUAUACCGGCGAGACGGGAGGACAUCGCCCAUCGAAGGAGAAGCGCAGGCGCAAAGAGGCUUCCUCUCCUGUUUCGGAUGACGGUUCCAACAGCGAGACAUCCCCCAGAAGGACAUCCCCCAGAAGGACACCCUGCUUCGAGAAGGCAGUCAGACACAAAACUCGCGAUGAUCGAUACGACACUCAUCGUGAAGCCGACAAAAAGCGCCGCCACCCAGCAAAGCAGAAGGGGGAUAGCCCAAGCAAGGGAAAGCAUUCCCACAAGCAUAUGCCACGGGUCGAGCUCCCGGUCGGCAUCAUGGCCAAAUUCAAAUCGGAUAAUAUCCUGGGCAGCAGCAUAACCUUGAAACGCCCAGGCCCAGGCAUGUUUGGAACCUACAAGUCUUCCAGACGCCCUGUCGCCGACCUCGACUUCCACGAGAUGAAUUUCCUCAAGAGAAACGCCGAGGGUGCCCAAAACAACCCGCUAUCUGCAUCAAGAGCUCGAGAAAGGAGGCGAGAGGACCGCAUCGGCGAGGAGGUUUCAGCGUUCUUCAGGGAAGCGCAUCCACCCAAUAACCAUCAUAUAGACAAGACCCAGAAGGCCCCGCAGUCAGGCCAGCAGUGCCAGUCUGAUAGACCCUCCCAGAGCGACACCAGUUCUUUCCGCGGCCGCUACCACGGUGGCGGUGUCAGGGCAAUGGGGCUGGCUGCGAAUGAGAGGGACAGCUCGCCGUCCCGAGAGUCGCCAUACCCGGACCAAUCCGAUAUGCUACGGAGGCUCAAGCUUUUGGAGCAGAUGAAUGAGAAGGCGCCCAAGUCGCUGACGCCCUCAAGUAUUUCGAAACGGCAUCUCGGGCAGCCUCCGGCUGGGAUAGGCGCGCUUAGCAUGCCAGGCCCUCGAAAUACUUCCAGUCCUGAUAUGUAUCGCAGUUAUCGGGACGUCGCGUGUGGCAUGACGCACCAAGGGCCCCCAACAGUAACAAACAACUCAGAGGGUUCCACGGCGAACCCACCCCCUUGCUCACAGCCCGUGGGGUACAGAGACCAAGGUGUUAUGGUAGAUCAGAGCUUGGAGGCGAAGGGCCCGCCGCCAUUGCAGAGCAGCGUCCCGGCGAGAGCAGCAGGCAACGAUCCGGAUGGGGAAGCAUCCCUUCGGGGGCUCCUCGGAGAAACGGCUUGCCCAUCGAUGCCUGUCGAAGGGCAACAAUACCAAGAGCCGCCUACACGUCCGGUGUCACCAAAGUGGUAUUUCGAGUUUGGGAAGAAUCCACAAAAGCGCGCAAACGGCUUGGAAUUCCCGCUUCCUGAUGGUGCGAGCCAGUACAGGGAUCACGAUGAAGUCUUUCCUCAAGCAGAACACUUCAGAUACCCGCCUCCAGCGCCGCGAACCAGCGAUCAGCAUGUAUACCAAAGACCCCCAGGUCAAGCACAUCAGCACGAACCCCGCCAUCUCGCCACUGAGCCUGAUAGCCGAGAACCUCGACAGCUUUUCUCCGGAGCGAGCACACGCUACUAUGAGAGCCAUACAAAGGGGUUUGACCAGCCCGAGAGCACUGCGAUGCCCUCGCCUUUGCUAGGUAAUUUCAGAGUCGGUAAUCCAGGGGAGCUACCGCGGUUAGACGAGCAGCCAUCAUCGUGGGCGUUCCUACCAAGAGCGUCAAGCACCACACACAGGGUUGGUAAAUAUCAGGCGAUGGCGCAAUUCAUCUCGGAUCACGAGAAUGAGGUAUACAGUAAGGGUGCGUCUGAGUAUGGCCUUGAUCCGGCGGCCCGGGAUGGCCUUAUGGAAGCGAACAAGUAUGAUUCUCUCGAGUUUGAAGUUUCAGAGCAAGAAAAGGCACGGCGGUUGGCUUCAGUUCCAUACCAGGGAGGGAGAGAUGCACCCCAAUUCAUGGAGACGGAACUGCCCAUGGCGGAUUUCUGGAGGACAAACCCGUUUCUAAAAUAA